AUGGUUGACGCAUUCCAUCUCAGACUAUUACGGUCUCCAGUCCCACUCCGUCACCACCGGCGAACCGGCCCGCCGGGUCGUGUACGUGACGGUGCGAGAGCCGAAUCAGCGCUCAAGUCCGAAGAAGCAUACAGGCUUACCCCGCCCCCUGUGGGAGAUGUGCUGAGCUUUCCACUUAGCCGCAGUAUCUCCUUUUCUGCAUGGUAUCACUUUUUGUUCAGCAUGAUACAGUUUUUCUAG